UGUCCCGGCUUCGGGCGGGUUGUGGGCACAGCAAUCAGACUUUUGGGGCGUUGGGGCGUCGGGUCCCCAGGGGCUGCGGGGUGGGCCCCCGUGAGCGCCAGUUUUGGGGGAGGCCGGUGGGUUCCGCCCUCCUCCCUCUGGGAGUCGGGUGUGUGUCUUAGGUGGGACGGAGCAGAGAGGGCUCCGAUGGCCGUGCGAUCCGGGCUCGCCGUCGCCGCGCCGCCGCAGCCCGAGGGGCUUCUGAUCGUGAAAGUGGAGGAGGAGCCGCGCCAAGGCCCCGCGGGCGACGGCUCGAGGCUCUGGCACAGCGCGGAGGCUUGUCGGCUGCAGUUCCGGCAGCUGCGCUACCAGGAAGCGUCUGGCCCCGAAGAGGCGUUGGGGCGGCUGCGGGAGCUGUGUCGACGGUGGCUGAGGCCCGACAUGCGCUCCAAAGAGCAGAUCCUGGAGCUGCUGGUGCUGGAGCAGUUCCUGACCAUCCUGCCCGAGGAGCUCGGGACGUGGGUGCGCGAGCACUGCCCCCGGAGCGGGGAGGAGGCGGCGACCCUGGCCAGGGUUCUCCUGAGAGCCCUGCACGGGACCUCCCCCCAGGAGUUGGUGACUUUCAAGGAUGUGGCCACAUCUCUCACUUGGGAAGAGUGGGAGCACCUGAAUGCAAUUCAGAGGGACUUCUGCAGGGAGAACACACAGAAGGAUGAUGAGAACACAGUUCUGCCCAGUUUGGAAACUAGAUCUGUGAACACAGAAUUGAUUCCAAAGCAAGAAAAUUUGAAAGAAGCAGAGCUACAGGCAUGGUCACAGGGACUGUUCCAGGGGAAGGACCCUGCACUUUCUGAGUGUGGUGAUACCCAUGAGGACAGGGUAGAAGAACAGCCGAGAGAUGCUCUGUCACCGAAACUCGAAAGUUCCCUCGAAGAGCAAGGACUCCCCAGCAUGUCACAUCUCACCACUGCUUCCAAGGAGGAAGGAAUCUUAGAAGACAAUGAAUUUGGGAACAGUGCUGGCCUUAUCCUUGGUCAGCAUAUUCAAGCAGCAGAAACAGUUAUUGAUGGUGCUGAACAUAGGACGAAAUGCAAACAAAGUUUGGAUAAGGUGAAAUAUCACAUAGUGGAACCUCACAACUCUGUUGACAGCAGAGACAGUGUUUGUCAUUUGGGGCUUUUUGAACCACAGAGACAGUUCCACCAAGAAAGACCUCAUAAAUGUGGUAGCUGUGAGAAGAGCUUCAAACAGCGCUCAUACCUCUUUAAACACCAGCGGAUUCACACAGGCGAGAAACCCUAUCAGUGCCAAGAAUGUGGGAAAAGCUUUAGUCAGAGUGCUGCCCUUGUUAAACACCAGCGUACACACACAGGUGAGAAGCCAUACACGUGCCUAGAGUGCAAGGAAUGCUUCCGACAGAGCUCACAUCUAAUUCGGCACCAGAGGACCCAUGCCCGUGAGAAAUACUACAAGUGUGAGGAAUGUGAGGAGCUCUGUCAUAUUUCUAGGCUGUUUAAACAUCAGAGACUACAUAAAGGGGAGAAACCCUACAAAUGUGAGGUCUGUGAGAAGAGCUUCAAACAGCGCUCAGACCUCUUUAAGCAUCACAGAACCCACACUGGGGAGAAGCCCUAUGGGUGUUCUGUGUGUGGGAAAAGCUUCAGUCAAAAUGCAACUCUCAUUAAACACCAGAGAACUCACACUGGAGAAAAACCUUAUAAAUGUCUUCAAUGCGGGAAAAGCUUUAGACAAAGUGCACACCUUAUUCGACACCAAAAAAUCCAUCAAAAUAAAGUCCCAUUUCUUUGACAUAC